GCUAAUGACAGUUUAUUUCGCAGCUAAUAUUUGCGAAUUGUGUGCAAAUAUAAAUUGAAUUAUUAAAGUAAUGUUAGUUCAUUUAAUAAAUGAAUUUAUAAUUUUAAUUUGUUAUAAUGUUAGGAUGCGAUAGAUCACAUAAUUUGUCCAUGUAUGAUAAUGUUUAGAUAUAAUAAAAUGAUUAUUGCAUAGCUGAAGAAAAAAUAAAUCGAUGUCAAUCAAAAUGAAUUUUUCGAAAUAUUAUUCACUGGGACGAGUAAUAUUAUAUUCCCUACAAAAAAAUUAUGGUUUUCAGGGUCAUUACGUAAAUAAUAUUGAUUGUCAUUGCCAUGCAUCGCAGCAUCAAAAACGAACAUUAUUCAAUUUUCCCAAAUCUAGUCGAAAACGAGAAUACUGUGGGAGACAGUUAGUUGGGUAUACAAUGGAACAAAUGUUUGAGGUUGUCUCAGAUGUAGAAAAUUAUUACAAGUUUGUUCCAUGGUGUAAACAAUCCGUUGUGUUGACAAAAACAUCUGAUCACCUCAAAGCAGACCUUAUUGUUGGUUUCCCACCAAUAAAUGAGAGUUAUACAUCCUAUGUAACAUUAGUGAAACCAUAUCUAGUUAAAGCUGAAUGUAAAGAUGGGAGAUUGUUUCAUCACUUGCUGACACUAUGGAGAUUUAGUCCAGGAUUGAAAAGAGAACAACAGUCUUGUGUAGUUGAUUUUCAAAUAACAUUUGAAUUUCGUUCUGCCUUUCAUUCACAUUUGUCAAAUUUAUUUUUUGACCAAGUUGCAAGGCAGAUGGAGGGAGCUUUUAUAAGAGAAGUUGGAAAAAGACAUGGCCCGGCCACAAUGCCACCAACAAACCUUCUUCAGAAUAGUAAUACAUUAAAAAGUUGACAAUGGGCUUAUGUUAUUACCUAGUGAAAUGUCGAACUUACAAAGUUAUGAUUAACUUGAUUUAUAUUAUCUGUUAUUUUUUGUAUGAUGUUAUGAAAUGUAAAAUAUUUAUUUAAAUGAUUAUAAGCUGAAGCAAAGCUUCUACUAGUUAUGAAUAAAUUACCAUUUGCAUGUC